CAAACGUCCACAGGUUUGAUGUCGGGCCACCACAGAGGUAACCGUGACAUGUCAGGUGGAUUUGGGAGAUAACUCCUUGACGUUUGAAAACAUGUGGCUCAAACCUGAUGAGAUCCUGUUGAAAAACGCCUUCAAACUGUGGGUAACCGAGAAGGAUAAUGAGUACUUCGUACUGCAGAGGAGACGAGGCUACGGAGAAGGUGGAGGCGGUCUGACAGGCCUCCUUGUGGGAACUCUGGAUACUGUGCUGGACUCCACAUCCAAAGUCGCUCCUUACCGCAUCCUGCACCACACACCAGACUCACAAGUGUAUUGGUCAAUAGCAUGUGGUGUCACCAAGGAGGAGAUAGUUCAACACUGGGAAUGGUUGCAGCAGAACAUUAUGAGGACGCUCUCUGUUUUUGAUUCCAGUGAAGACAUCACAAGCUUUGUACAGGGCAAGAUAAGAGGUCUAAUCGCUGAGGAAGGGAAGACAUCCCUUGUGCUAGAGGAUGAUCCUGAGAAGUUCAGAGAAGCGCUGUUGAGGUUUGAAAAGUGGUUUGAGCUGCCUCCAGAGGAAAAGCUGGUCACAUAUUACUCAUGCAGCUACUGGAAAGGCAAAGUGCCCUGCCAGGGCUGGCUCUACCUCAGCACAAACUUCCUCUGCUUCUAUUCAUACCUGCUGGGAUCUGAGGUGAAACUAAUCAUCUCCUGGGAUGAAAUCUGGAGGCUGCAGAAAACAUCUAAUGUCAUCCUGACUGAGAGCAUCCACGUCUUGGCUAAUGGGGAGGAUCAUUACUUCUCUAUGCUGAUGCACCUUAAUGAAACGUUUGUUAUCAUGGAACAGCUGGCUGACUACUCCAUCAAGCGCCUUUUUGAUAAAGAUGCCUUCGAAAAAGAGCCAGCGCUCACCGACCCCCUGCAAAUUACCAAGAGAGGCCUAGAAGCUCAUGCAAAGAGUGAACAGUUCCGCACAUUUUUCAGGCUUCCCAUAGAGGAAAACCUGCUAGAGGUGCAUGAGAGCUUCCUUUGGGUGCCCUUCAGCCAUUUUAACACCCUUGGCAAGAUCUGUUUGUCUGAGAAUUACCUGUGUUUUGCCAGUCAGGAUGGAAGCCAGUGUCAUAUCAUCAUUCCAAUGCGAGAGGUUGUUAAUGUUGAGAAGCCAGAUUCCAACAGCAGAGCUUUAACAGUGUGUGUGCGUGGCAAGAGGGCGCUGCGUUUCUCUGAAGUGCGGGACUACCAGCGCCUUGCCAACACAAUCCGUAGCAGGUGUGGGAUCAGUGCCAGCCCUCAGCACUCUGCUUCAUCAGAGACCAUUCGAGGUGAAUGUCAGUCACUCAUCAACCACUUCGAGGACAACCCAGACGACGUAACUCUGAUGGUCGGGCAGAAAGACAGCAGCAAGGCAGUAAGCACCGAGGCUCUCAUGACUGUUUUCCACCCCCAGGAUGUUGAGAACCUCGACCCCAAAAUGCUCAAAGAAAAGAUGAAGGAGCAGUCUUGGAACAUCCAUUUCACUGAAUACGGACGUGGCACAAGUAUGUUUUUCACCAGGAAAACACGAGACUUGAUUGUUCGUGGUGUUCCUGAAGCUUUGAGAGGAGAGCUGUGGAUGCUUUUUUCAGGAGCUGUAAACGACAUGGCCACUCACCCUGGCUAUUACACUGAGCUGGUCGAACAGUCUCUGGGCACAAGCACUCUGGCUACAGAUGAGAUUGAGAGAGACUUGCACCGCUCUCUGCCAGAGCACCCUGCCUUUCAGAGUGACACAGGAAUCUCUGCUCUGCGCAGAGUCCUUACCGCUUAUGCCUACAGGAACCCGAAAAUUGGCUACUGCCAGGCCAUGAACAUUCUCACUUCAGUCCUCCUGCUCUACGCCAAAGAAGAGGAGGCUUUCUGGCUGUUAGUGGCCGUCUGUGAGAGGAUGUUACCUGAUUACUUCAACCGGCGAAUUAUUGGUGCUUUGGUCGACCAGGCGGUGUUCGAGGAUCUGAUUCGAGAAAACCUCCCGCAGCUGGUGGAGCACAUGACAGACCUGAGUUUCUUCUCCUCCGUGUCCUUGUCUUGGUUUCUCACUCUCUUCAUCAGUGUUCUGCCUAUAGAGAGUGCGGUAAACGUGGUGGACUGCUUUUUCUACGACGGUAUAAAAGCCAUCCUGCAGCUCGGCCUGGCGGUGCUCGACUACAACAUGGAAGCUCUGAUCGGCUGCCAUGACGAUGCGGAGGCUGUCACCAUCCUCAACAAAUUCUUUGAUAGUGUGACAAACAAAGACAGCCCGUUGCCUCCAACGGUGCAGCAAGCUUCACUGGGCAAUAAUGAUAAAUCAUCCCAUUUCAAUGUGGAUAUCAGCGAACUGAUCCGAGAGGCCUAUGAGAAAUAUGGAAAUAUUCGCUCAGAGGAAGUCGAGAGCUCACGAAAAAGAAACAAACUGUUUGUGAUCCAGACACUGGAGGAUACAACCAAGCAAAAUGUUAUUCGUGUGGUGUCCCAAGAAGUCAGAUUUAGUGCCUCACAGCUUGAUGAGCUUUAUAAUUUGUUCAAAAGGCAGCAUUUCCUCUGCUGCUACUGGACAAUGAAGAGUCCAAUUCUGCUACAUCAUGACCCCAGUCUGGCCUAUUUGGAGCAGUACCAGCUUGGUUUCCAACAGUUCAGUGUGCUCUUCUCCCUGCUGGACCCCUGGGCUUUCUGCACCAACAAGAGCACUCUCUCCCUCUGGGUCUUCCGCCUGAUAGACGAGAACCAGGAUGGCCUUGUCAACUUCAAAGAGUUCUGCUCUGCCCUUGAUACUUUGUACGGUGGAUCUUUCACAAACAAGCUGAAAUUCCUCUUCAAGCUGCACCUGCCACCAGCUUUCACAGGUAGUCCUUUACACGUAAAGGAACAAAGAAUCCAGCACUUAUUUCCAGUGACUGAAGACUCUUCUCACUUCAGUAGACUUACUGCGUUUGAUCUACCGGCAGAUGGUGUGAUAAGGAAGAGCCCUGAAAGAGGUAGAGGAAAAGUGGACCUGCAGGCCUACCUGAAACAAUGGCAAAAUGAAAUACUUAAGAAGGAGGAAACCAUCAAGGAUCUUCCGAGAAUUAAUCAGUCUCAGUUCAUCCAGUUCUCCAAGACCCUGUACAACAUUUUUCAUGGCCACCCAGAAGAGGAGUCCCUGUACCGCGCUGUGGCACAUGUGACCAGCCUCCUUCUGAGGAUGGAGGAGGUGGGGCGGAGGCUGCAGGAGCCUGGCAGCCCGCUCUCGUCCAAACAGCCUGCCAGUGCUGCUACUGGCGCUGCCGCCACUGCUGCGGAAAAGGAGACCUCUACCGAAGAAGCGUCCGCCACCCCCGAGAGCCCCGACACCUCUAGCUCCCACAACAGUCAGGAUGCAGGUCCUGACCCCACAGAAGUGGAGUGGUCGUUUUCAUUCGAGCAGGUUCUGGCGUCUCUGCUCAACGAGCCGUCCAUAGUCAACUUCUUUGAAAGGCCCAUUGACUUUCAGGCUAAAAUGGGACAAGCCAAGGUUGGCCAACUGAAGCUAAAGGCUAAAUAAAUGAACGGUGACAUAAAUGAAUUGAUACUUUGCUUCUGAUUUGUACCCAGAAGUCACCAUGAAUUUCCUUUCUUUACUCGGAUAGGGCAGUGGGUUUCGGUGAGGUAGAGGGUAAGGUAGCUGUUAAAGUGGUUAUGAUAAAUGCAGAGGAGACAUCAAAUGUUGAAAUAUUGGGUGCAACAUGCGUGUUUGUGAGGCUUAAAUUGUUCAGAUGGAUUUCAGCAUGGCUGAUGAAAUGAGCGAGGCGCUGUAAACACUGUUGAAACUGCCGUCUGACCGACACCUUCAGUGCAUUCUCAUGUUAAACCUUGUUGCAGUCUUUCUGUCAUUCCUCGAAUCUGAUUAUGCAUUUUCAACCUCACUGAUGAAACCGAUUCUCUCACGUAGCCUCCGAUUCUUCAGAUUUAGUUUACAAUAUAUUUUUUCCCUGUAUGCCAUGAAGCACAUACAGUCUAGUUUUGUAUUGUAUAAGUGAUAUUCAGUUCUGUCCCUUUUAUUCAGAAACAUGAUGGAAGAGUUUGUCCUUCCUUCUCUGUCUCCGCUGACACCUCCAUAACAAACGACUCGACAAGGGGGCACAGGAAGAUUCUCCCUCUGAAUACAUUUGUGUUCUCUUGCUGAUUGGUAGUCAUUGCUGUAAAAUGAAACGUACUGUAAAUGCAAACAUGUCCCGUGACCUCAGUGUCUCCUGGUGGGUGUUAUCCUUAAUGUAUUUUGAGAAACACCAGCUUUUUCAGUAGUUAUAGUAGAUAGGGAGUAAGGACAAGCUUUAGUGUUGUCCCUGGAAGCCAUAAAUUGAUUUCAGAGAUUAUCUGAGUGAGGAUGUCACCUACUUUUUAUUGAGAGCAGAAAAGAUUCAAUUACACAUUUUGCAAUAACAUAGAAGAGAGAACGAUAUACUGCCACAGCACACUCACCUGUCUCCAGCAGCAGCACACAUAGUGAUGAUAUUAUAGCAUGAUGUCAAGUAUGUUGUAUACGGGAAACAUAGGAUCUGUAAAGGUAAAAUUGUUCAAAAAUUCCACAGUGUGGCUGCGGGGGAAUCAGCUCUCUCCUCCUCUGAGUAAACUAGAAGCUGUGUGUUGAGCUUUUAACAGCGAGCUGAAAUUAGCUAGAGAAUGUGCUGUGUGCGAUCUUCACAGUGCGAUUGGUUGAUGUACCGUUUGCUUAUGUCUGUCUUACUGUAUAUGUAGGAUCCCACGCUCUAGUCUUAAGUGCAGCAUUUUGUACAUAGAGGUCAGUUCAAUAGUCGUUUAUUGAUUAUUGUAUUUAAGAGGCUUGUAUUGAAAAUGUAAGAUAUGAGGUUGUGGACUGUUGUGGACACAUCUUAAACCUUUUGAAGGAUGUUUAGUUUGAUCAAAUCUCAGGGUGCAAUUUGUGUAAAAUAAAAGGGAGUAAAGGGAUAUUUUUUCGACCUGGGACAUAUAAAAUAUAUGACUGAGUUUAACAUUUUUGUCUGUAACAUUAAAAUAUAGAGCAUGUGUAGCACACUUACAGGAUUUGCCACAUUUUGCUUGCCUUCGGCGAUCAGCAAUUAUUACUGCUCGCUACAGAAAGCCAGAUUUAACUUGCAGUAUUUCAGUUGUUGCUUUCUUUUUUCUUUUUCUUUUUUUAAAAUCUGUGCAUCCUUUGUUUGUUUACACUAAUAUGAGUCAGUAAUUUGUGAGUGUUUGAGAUUCAGGAGCUGUUGAUUUUGCCUGUAUCCCGGUCAGAGGCGUUGGAUUCGGAAAGGUUACAACCGCUUCAGUCUCGGCUUGUUAUCUCCAGGGGCCAAAUUCACAACUUUAUAAAGCUUUAUCUCUGUCAAUUUUAGAGGCUUCUUAAGUGCAAGUGCAAUUAUUAUUUUUUUCUAUAUUUGUAUUAUUUUGCCAUUUGCUAGAAGUGUUGUAGAUCUUUUUCCCCCCCAUCUAAUUGCUUAUAUUUCACUUCAGGUUUAAAAGCUUCCAGUCUGAAAUGUGUUCUGUAAUGUAAUUUUUGGGUUAAUAGAUAUAGAUUGCUGAAAUGAGUUUUGCAUACUCAUUGAAAAAAAGCAUUUUGCAAACAGCUGUUUCCCAUUGGAACAGAAAAUGCACACCUGUCACUGUUUACAUGACUAAUGUAAAGAGAAAAUUUAUAUAUGUAUACACGUUCAUCUUCGCUAUGUUGGCACUCUUUAAAUCCAAAGCUCCAUCUGUGAUUCACUAGAUAAAGCCAUAGAGUUUGAACAGGAGGGGUCAUCCUGGGGCUCCAGGAUCUGAGUAUCUGAUCAUCCUUCAACCGUUCAAAACAGCUACUCUUAUUUCCAUCAUUUCAAACUAUCAUAUCUGACCAUGGUCUGACUAUUUCAGUACGACUGUUCCUCUGCAGUUUCACACUGCAUUUGUAACAUCUCCAAAAACCACAAAAUGAUUAUGAAAUGCAAAUGACAACUUCUUAUCAAAGCCUGUGUUGUAAUCUUUUUGUGAAGGGGGUUUUCAUUUCAGUUUAUUGCAUGUUUUGUCUAUUUCUUAUUAUUUGAUGAUAUCUUAAAUAUUGAGAGAUGUUAAGGGAGAGAUAUAGAGUGGUUAAGACAACACCAACCUUUCCACACUCAAUAAAUCUUGUCUGUGUUUCUUCAGGCAUAGUUUUUGGAAAAUUCCUCUAAAGAUGUUUUUUGUUUUUUUUUAGCUUGAAAUAGUGUGUGGUUUCCUCUUGGCGAGGAAAAGCAUUACAGGAGAUGACUGAAGGAACAGAAGAGGGAAAAUCAGAGGAUUGGAAAUCUUCAUCUUCCUGGCAGGCUGUCUGUUCUGCCUUUAAGGAUCAGAGUGUAUAGAGUCGGCAUGGAUAAUGUUUCAGCUGCUGCACUAAGUAUCUGGUUAAUCAAGUCCUUUAUAUGUGCAAUUGUGGUCUACAGCUUUCAUAGUCUGUAGCUUUUGAUGAAACACUUAUUUUGCUGAACAUGUGACGCACAGAUAUUUCUGUUUACCUGCUUGAUUGUUUUUUUUAAUUUCCAUUAAAUGUACCAGAAUAAAGAGUGAUAAUUAUAUAAAUAAUAAUGUUUGUGUUUAUCUCUUCAUAUAGUUAAGCUGGUGAUUCAUGAAUUUAAAUGUGACUCAGGACAUGUUAACUGGGGCUUGUUCAUUUGUGUUAAAGGUCAUAAACUGUGUUAAGCUAUAUAUAUAUCUUCUCACAUGGGGAUCAUUCUGUAGGAUUUUCAUGGUAUAAUAAAUAUAGUCAAAUAUUUUAUCUGUAUCAUAAAGUCAGUAACAUAUUUG